GUAGACUAUCGGACUACCGUCGAGUGUUGCUGUACACACAUGACCAGCAACAGAAGCAGCCAGUCGUCAGUUAGGCGAAUAUUGUCAAUUGCGCUGGGGGUUACAGAAGGCGAUUAUUGGCAUUAGUACAGUCAUGAUUGUCGAAAUUAACGGCGAAAGCUCAGUGCGGAUAAGCAGUCAGCUAUGCAUAAUGUCUACGUGAUCCUAUUACUCAUCACCCUUGUCGAUCGGCUCUGCAGCGCUAGAAUCAUCACUGGACAGUUGACUACGCAUCAAAAUUGGGCUUUUCUAGCGAGAUUUUGUUUCCUCUCGGAAAAAGGCCGAUUCCAGUACGACUUUAUCAUCGACGAUGAGCAUACAGAGGCGAAUCUCCUGUUGUACUAUGACAGCCCGACGCAAUGGCCGAGUGUAUAUCCUUCCAACAAAACGUGCUUUGAAAGGGAGUCAGUCCUCAACAGAGAACUUGGUCAAAUUGUAUCGCUUUCACCAUACUCCACCUAUACCUCAGUAUCUGGAUGUUACUUCACUUCAGAAGAUAAGAAUCAAGUUCGAUGCAAGAGUUACAGAGAAUUCCGUUCUUCGAGACCUCGAUGGUGGUUCAUAGCUUUGUCAGAUUGUCACAAUGAUAAAGGACUCAAUAUUAGUUAUUGGAUAUCCUUGACCAAUGCCGAGGAGGGCAGCUUCUGGAGAUAUCAUUUUUCAGCAGAUGAAUUCUACAUUCUGCCAGAGUUGAUGAUAGGCGCUUGCAUUUACAUCUUGCUAAUAGGCUUUAGUAUUUACACUGCAUUCGAACUGCGCACAAGAAGACUUUUACACAUAACAUACAAGUUAUUUAUGCUCUCAUUGGCAACUCAAUUCUGUGGAUUGCUGUGUGAAAUCUACAGUAAUGUAAAUAGAGCCUUAAAAGGAUUCGACUUAAAAGGGGUAUCUCUAAUUGGAAAUUUGCUUGAAGCUUGUUCGGAAACAACUUUUACUACACUUUUACUGCUAAUGUCACUUGGUUACACAGUGACCAAAAGUCUCUUGACUCCCUUAGAAACUUGGAGACUAAGUGCCUUCAUUGGUAUAACCAUAUCAUUACAGUUACUACUAUUUGUUUAUGAAGCAGAAGCAUUUGACCCAGGACUUGUCUUGUACUUGUAUGAAUCACCACCUGGAUAUGGACUACUGGCUUUGAAAAUAAGUGCCUGGGUAGUUUUUGUAAUUUGCUGCUACAAAACAAGUAAAAAUGCUGCAAUAAAGUUUCAUUUUUACGGAUCUUUACUAUCUCUUGGAUCUGGUUGGUUUCUUUGCCAACCAUUAACGGUACUAACUAUUACGUUUUUAAUUGACAAAUGGGUAAGAGAGAGUGUUGUUAAAGGCAGUUCUCUCUGGGUGAUAUUUGUUGGGCAUCUAACAUUUCUUUAUGUGACACGACCAUCGUCAGCCAACACCAAUUUUCCUUUUCACAUCAGGACUUGUCAGGUAGUUCCGAUAGGAGGUGAAGGCCAAGGACACGCCUAUGAGCCUCAAUCUCGAACUGCUAUGACACUCUUUACUCUCUCACAUUCUCCACCAACAGUUAAUACUAUCUCUUGACUCUUGAUUGUAAAAGACAUUUGUAAAAGAAGCAAUAUUACGUGUAUAUAUUUCUGUAUGAAACCAAACGAUUAUAUUUACACUUUUCAUACAAUGUGGGAACAAUUUAUAAAGUUAAAUAUAGAUAUUUACUUAUUUACAAAAA